UUUCUAUAUUUGGGUAGAACUCACAUUUUUUGAGGGAUCAUACCCUCCAUUAUUUGGCUGUUAAACAACGAUGGGCUGAGGCAGCAGCAGCAAACUGACAGCACCAUUAAAAGCAUGUAUCGUACCGAGUAUCUCCAACUUUAGAGACUGAAAAUGGCCUGUGAUGGACUGUUUCAGUGCCUCCACCUCUGUCCUCCAUGCCAAUUCCUGACCGUCCUUGUCCAAGCACGUGGACCCAUUACCACUGUGGCACUGUCACUGCAGGGAGGAGCCUGUAUGGGCUGAGCUCUCCUUUCCUUCCUUUCCCCUAGACAGCAGUACACCUCCUGCUUUCUAGAAAAGUGCCAGAGGAGAGGAGAGCUACUGAAAAAAGCUCUGCUCUGCCACCAAUACAGUAUGGAAGCCAUCGCCAAGUUUGAUUUCACUGCUUCUGGAGAGGAUGAGCUGAGUUUCCAAGCUGGGGAUAUCCUGAAGGUUUUGAGCUCCCAGGAAGAGUGGUACAAAGCUGAACUCCGAAGCCAAGAGGGCUAUGUUCCUAAGAACUUCAUUGAUUUCCAAGUUCCCCCCUGGUUUGAUGAGAAGAUAUCCCGCCACGAAGCUGAGAGCAUCCUCAUGAGCAAAGGAGUUGGUUCUUUCAUUGUCCGAGCCAGUCAGAACUCUCACGGUGACUUCUCCAUCUCUGUCAGGCAUGAAGAUGAUGUACAACACUUCAAAGUGAUGAGGGACUCAAAGGGAAACUAUUACUUGUGGACAGAGAAAUUCUACUCACUGAACAAGCUGGUAGACUACUACAGGACAAGUACUAUCUCCAGGCAGAAGCAGAUUCUCCUGAGGGACGACAGCCGAGAAGAGAAGGAAAGGCGUGGCGGGAGCCUGGAACGAAUGAGCCGGGAUGGACUCCAUGUAGGUGGAGCAGCUGGAGAAGCUCAUUCUUCUAUCUCCAAGAGAUAUGUGGACCAUCCUGUCCCCAUGUUGCACCAGCAACAGGAUAGGUACGGGGGGAGCCUGGACAGGAAAGAUGCACUGCAUGGACUAAGAUAUCAUAGCCAAGGAAGUGCAGCAGCUAUGCAACGGAGACACACAGACCCACUGCACCAGCAGACACCGCGAAUACUAUGGGUCCGUGCCUUGUACGACUUUGAUGCUGUGGAACAUGAUGAGCUGGGCUUUCGCAGUGGAGACAUCGUAGAAGUCCUAGACAGCUCCAACCCAUCAUGGUGGAAGGGACGUCUGCGUGGGGAACUGGGUCUCUUCCCUGCCAACUACGUCACACCGGUGCUACUGUGAGGCUACACUUGUGCCCCAGAUGUUCAUAUCAGAGCUGCUCAUCUGACAUGACAGGGACAGAGAAGGAGUGCCUCUUCCCUUGUCCCCAGGACAUUUGGUGGUUUUGGUUUUGUCUUAAUUUAUUGGCAAUUGAUCUUCCGAGAAGCUGGUAAGAAAGAGAACCCUCUGAAGGAUUUUGUUUCCCUGUUUUGCAUGUUCAUGACUGAGAGGGGAGCAAGAAUCCUGGACUGUUGAUUGAAAUCUUGCUGGAUCCUCCCUGCCCAUCAUUUGUUUGUUUAAGUAUUGAUAACUUCCUGCAGUUGGGUUCGUUCAGUGGAAAUGGCACCUCAGAGAAAUCAGGCUUUGGUAUCUGGGUAGAACCUACCCCUUUUAUUUUGGAUCUGGUUGCAUUUAUAGUCCAUUCAAGCUCUGUUUCACCUUUCUUUCAGAGGUAGGACAAGUGCCCAGGUGAAUAAAAUGAUGACUGGUAAUCACAUUUCUUUUAGAUAGGGACGAAAAGUCCUUAGGCUGAGGCACAAGGCAACCAUGACUUUUCUAAAUAGUUUUUGGCUUCCACCUCUAGCACUUUCUGUGGGUUUAGACUCUGUGGAUACCAGGUGAAGGGGCGAAAUCCUGUAAGUUUUUGUACAAACAACCUGGUGAUGAAGAUAUGGGAGGGUGAGAAGCUAAUUUCAGUGCUUCUACAGACAGUAGAAGACAGUCUGUGGAAGCACUACAGACAGUCCUGCUGUCCUGCACUUCUGUCUGCACCCUAUUGCAACAAUCUGUCUCAUUUUCAAGCUGCUUUCCAAGGUACCCGUGCAUCCUUGUAGAUGUCCUGGUUAUAGAGCAGAUCAAGCCCUUCAGCUAAAUGAAUAUCCUCUGGAUUGAAUAACAGUGGGCAAGCCUUACUGGUUCCUUUCUAAAACUGCACUGGGGAGGGGCUGGGAAGAAGAGGUUUUUCAGGUCUGGUGCCAGAAGUUCUGUCCCUGAGAAGGUGGGGUGUUCUGGAUCACUGAGUACACGGCUCUGACUUGCCAGUGGAAUGCCUCAUGCAAAUCAUUGAGCUGUUACUUUACAGUAUGCAGAGAAUAAGGUUGCGGCCAUUGAAUAGUCUGUUCUCUGUUCCAGUUUCUUUUAGAUGAAUUAAGGUAAAUGAAUAGGAUUUCAAAUCAUGGCUGAGUGAAUGCCAAGAUGUGAUACAAAUAUAUUGCAAACGAAUGUUAAAAAUGAUCCAAACCAUGACAAAGAGACACUGCCACAUAACCACUGCUCACGCAAGUUUAUAUUAAACAAGCUGCCUGAUUUUUUCACAACAUGUGGGACCUCAGCAGUCAGCAAGGAAGUGGUGAUUUAUCAUUCUUUGGAAAGAAAUAAAAGGCAAGUGAAAAAUUCUAAAAACAAA